AUGAGUAGAACAGUAACAGUGAAGCAUUUCCAAUUCCCAAGCAGUAUGGCUUUUAAACAACUUGACUUUGUGUAUGCAAUGCAAUUGCAGUUUUUGAAAAGUAAAAAAAUGGUGAAGAAGGAAGAAGCAUCAGGAAGUAGAAAGAGUGCUAGACUCUGUGCACUGGACGAGAAAUCUCGCAUACUCUCUGUCCAAAAACUGACAAAAGCUAGUUCAUCAUCACCACCACCAGCAGCAGCUGCUAGAAGGAGAGGCCGCAAGCGAAAAAGUCUCCAAGCAGUCGUCACUCAUUCUGUUACUGCCUCUCCUCCACAGGAAGGAGAAGAAGUAAAACCUGAAGAUAAUGCAACAGAAGCUGAACAAACUGAAAAUUCGCUGUCUCUGUCUCUGCAACGGAUGCCAACCAAAGAGGCAUUGGAGUUUAUCCUUGACAUACUCCAGAGGAGAGACCCCCAAGAAAUCUUUGCACAGCCAGUUGAUCCUCAAGAGGUGGUUGGCUAUUAUAGCAUUAUUAAAGAGCCAAUGGAUUUCGGCACAAUGAGGGCUAAACUUCAAGAAGGGCUGUAUACAAGUCUGGAACAAUUUGAGCGUGAUGUGUUUCUCAUAUGCAGCAAUGCAAUGAAGUUCAAUUCUUCGACAACAGUAUAUUAUACAGCGGCUAGAGUUAUAAAUGAAGUGGCUCAGAGGCUUUUCCAUGCUUUGAGAACAUCACCUGAAAGCUUUCAAUUGGAGUACUCGCGAACAAGACGCCGCCCUGGUACUAGGAGACCACUGAAAGCUGCUGGAGGUUUGCACUCUAGGUCUGCUAGAAGUGCUAGAUACAAAGCUGGUGUUUCCAUUAAUGAUCCAUCUCACAAGAGAACUACCCAUUCUUUAACCCAGUUCAAGCCUUAUAUUGGCAAAACAAGUUUCGGCAUUAUUCCUGUGACGGAUGAUGGGGAAUCAAGUGAAUCUGCAAGUGAGAGGCGUAUGACAUAUUUGUCUCAGAAUUCGUCGCGCACUGAGAGUGAGAAGCUGGUUUCAACCGUUUACAAUGCUCCAAAACCUGUGGUCCAAGUUUCAAAUGCAGGUGCUGAAUAUGUUGAUAGUCUAAUGAAGUUUGUUGAAGAUCUGGGACCAGCAGCUCAAACUGUUGCCAACAAGAAACUAGGAAAACUUCCAAUUGAAGCUCCAAAUGUUCCUUCCUGGACUUCAACUCCAGUGCCACCUUUUGGCAGUACUGCUGACAGUCUACUUCCUUCACCAUCUGCCCACCAGAAUCCUGCUUAUCUCACUGGUGGUCAAGUGCCUUCCAAUGCCAUUUCUAACCCUCUUGGCUCCUACAAAGAAAAGACGGCCUCUACUGAUGGAAGAGAAGUGGUCCCUUCUUACAACAGUUCAACUGGAGCAAAGCCUCAGACCAAUGAUGGUGGCCUCAUUGAUUACAAUUUGCUUGGAGGUCAGGGUUCUACCAAAAUCACUAACACAGAUGCCUGUGCUUCUUCCUCUAGUGACAAUAUAGACCUCUUAUGUGCAACUCUCAUGCAAAUUGCUGCUAUGCAAAAUCGAACUAACCAUGCUCCAUCAGGUACUUAUUUUCCUCUUACAGGACAUGAAGAUGUUCCUCCUGCUCAAUCAUCUAAACUCAACAAUGCUUCUCACUCAUGGAUGCUAAAUAGCCUUUCCCAGCCUACAAGCUUGCCGUAUCAAACUAGUACAUUUUCAAGUACUAGUAAAGCCGCCAGCUCCAGCUCUUUGAGUGGAUUUCCGAAUGGAGCAGGGAUGAGCACUGCUGCUUCAGCUGCCACUGCAUUAGACCUACUGGACUGGAAACAAUCAGAAGCAACAUGGGGUCUGCCGGCUAUAUGUGAUCUUCCUGUCUUGCCUGCACAGGCUAACAAUCAGAUGCCAAAAACCCAGAAUGUGUUCAUGCAGCAGCCAGCACAAGUUCCAUCCACAGAGGCUAAGAAUCAGAUCCCAACAGCCCAGAGUGUGUUCAUGCAGCAGCCAACACAAGUUCCAUCAACCCAGGUUAGCAAUCAGAGCCCAGUAACCCAGAGUGUGUUCUUGCAGCAACCAGCACAAGUUCUACCAACACAGGCUAAGAAUCAGAUACCAACAACCCGGAGUGUGUUCUUCCAGCAACCAGCACAAGUUCCAUCAACCCAGGCUAGCAAUCAGAUUCCAGCAACCCGGAGUGUGUUCUUGCAGCAAACAGCACAAGUUCCAUCAAUCCAGCAGGCUAACAAUCUGAUCCCAACAACCGAGAAUGUGUUCAUGCAGCAGCCAGCACGAGUUCUAUCAACACAGGCUAAGAAUCAGAUCCCAACAACCCAGAGUGUGUUCUUGCAGCAAACAGCACUAGUUCCAUCAACCCAGGCUGGCAAUCAGAUCCCAACAACCCAGAGUGUGUUCUUGCAGCAAACAGCACCAGUUCCAUCAACCCAGGCUGGCGAUUAUCAGAUCCCAACAACCCAGAGUGUGUUCUUUCAGCAAACAGCACCAGUUCCAUCAACCCAGGCUAGCAAUCAGAUUACAAAAGCCCAGGGUGUGUACUUGCAGCAACCAGGACAAGUUCCAUUAACCCAGCAGGCAAACAAUCUGAUCCCAGCAACCCAGAAUGUGUUCAUGCAAGUUCCACCAACUCAGGAAAAACAAGUGUUCAAUGCAACGAACUUUAGUGGAGGAGCAAACCCCCAAGGUCAUCAGGCAGAGUCCAGUACUCAAAGCUUUUGGAAUGCUUUAAGAGCUUCCUUAAUGGAUAACAAGAAUGUGCCUGAUCUGGACCUGCAACUUUGA